AUGCCUGGUUGGCGCCCGGAUUGCUUUAGGGGCUCCGUGCACGAGCCUGAGAAAGUAAAAUACAGAGCUGCAGAGAAUGGAGGUCACAACGCAAAUGAUCUGAAUGAUGACAAUAAAGGUGUGACCACAGUUGAGUUGCUGAAGAGAGAUGGAUUUGGAUUGGGGUUAAUUAUAUCAGGUGGUGUAGAUAAAAACCUACGAGCCCAAAUAUCCAAUCUGAAACCUGGUGGUAUAGCAUACAGGUCAGACUGUCUGGAGAUAGGCGAUUACAUUCUGUCAGUUAAUGGGAUAAAGACGGUGGAUAUGAAACAUGAUGAGAUCAUCAGUCUACUGCGUAAUGUUGGUGAGCAGGUGCUUCUGGAGGUGGAGUACCAAUUACCCGAUAAUUCCAUUUCAGACUCGUUUGCUGUUAGCUGGAAACAAAGUAAUAUUACCCUGGAAAAGGAGGGUCAGAGCUUUGGUUUUACAUUGAGGGGUGGUUACCAUGACAAGCAGGUGAAGAUCCGUCCGCUAACAAUCACCCACAUCAGAGGAGGUGGUCCGGCUGACAGGGAGGGAUCUAUAAAGAUUGGAGACAGGAUUGUAGCAAUUAAUGAGUACAAUGUGGCCCAUUUCACUUUGUCUGAAGUCAACAUGUUCCUUCAUCAGUGUGGCCAGGAGGUGACCUUCACCGUAGAAUAUGAUGUGUCUGUCAUGGAUGCUGUGAAGAAUGCACUAGGUCCCCUAUUAGUGGAGAUAGACAAACUGCCAGGCAUAACGCUAGGGAUCGCUCUUACACAGGCUUCCCAUCAGGGGCGCUGGUGUCUCUGUAUAGACAACAUGCAGCCCAUGAGUAUAGCAGACAGAUGUGGGGCAUUGAACAUUGGAGACUUGAUCCUGUCAAUAGAUGGCGCCACAGUGGAGCACAUGUCAAUAGCAGAGGCAACACAGCUACUGAGGAAUAGCACAGAGGAUGUGGUAAAGCUGGAGAUCCUGCCGGUCAGGGUCGUUCAGCAACAAAACUCUCGUGACAUUCUCAGUAAAAAUGGCAUGUUUUCUGCCCCAGUAAGAAACUCGCAUCUAGCUGCAGCAUCCUCCUUUCCUGCUAUUCCAUCAUCUUUCUCCACCCCUGUAGGGUUCGGCAGUCAGCACCCUAUAGCAUCUAGCAUGCUCUCCUUUCCUUGUGGGUCUGGUACAUUGAAAAUGUCAGGACGGAAACAAGCUGCCCUUACGAAGGGGAGUAAAAAGCCUAGCUCUUGUAUGUCUAUAUCAUCAGCGACUACAUCUAUGAUGGUUAGUAAUCAGGUGUGCCACUCGGAGACAGUGACAGUCAGUCUGAAGGGCGACUAUCGUGGACUAGGGAUGAUUGUAACUGGUAACAGUGAACACUCUGUCCUAGAUGAUGCCCCUGUGGUGUCAUGUUUACAGCUGGGCAGUGUCGCAGAGCGGUGUGGCCUGAUACAAGAGGGGGACAGAGUUCUAUCUAUCAAUGGGAGGGACACGUGUGAGUGUAGUCUAGAAGAAGUGAGUCGUAUCCUCAGACAGGCCAAACUUAAUGUAGAACUUGAUAUGGAGUUUGAUAUUACAGAGUCAGUGAUGCCUAGCUCUGGUACAUUUGUGGUCAAGCUUCCCUACCCUGCCGGAGGAAUUGGAAUUACUAUCAAUAGGGCAUGUAAAGACAAGGUCACUGAACCUAUCAUUAUCACCGGGGUCCAGAAGGGCAGUGUGGCGUACAGGUGUGGGUCUGUCCAGCCCGGGGACAAAGUGUUAACCAUCAAUGAUAUACGAACUGAUAACUUAAGUGUGGAGGAAGCAGAGAACACUUUACAGAGCUGGGACGACAUUGUGAAACUUAAACUCAAACGGGAUGAUCCUUAUACAGAUGAUAGUGGAGAAGAGUGUGUGACAUACACAGUGGAGUUACAGCGACAUGGUGGCCCUCUGGGUAUCACUAUAUCAGGGACAGACAACCCUGCUGACCCAAUCAUUAUUUCUGAUAUCAUUGAGGGUGGCUUGGCAGAACGGACUGCUGCUAUUCACAUGGGUGAUAGAUUGUUGGCCAUCAAUGGUACUACUACCAGGGCACGCACUCUCACCGACGCAACACAGAUGUUACAGACUGCUGGAGACAUAGUUAACUUGAGGAUUGCCCGCCCUGCUGAGACAUCAAAAACUAAAAACAAAAAACUACAGUUGCCUGACCGCUCCACCACACCUAUAGCCAGUGUAGACAGUGCCAUGGAGUCCUGGGACAGUUCUGGACCAGAUGUGGGCUCAGGGACAGGGGCACAUGCCCUCAUUGUGGGCAAGCCUCUCCCUAAAGCCAAGCCCAGCGUAUCACAGUCCCAGGAUUCUGCCAACUUUGCCACAGAAACCACAGGAAAUGGUUGUAGUGAAUUUAAUCCUUCAGACUCAGAGUGGGACAAUUACAGUAACUGUAGUCGGGACAACUGCAGUGAUGAAGGGGAUGGUAGUGAUUGGCAGAUCAGUAAAGCAUUUAAGGACUAUGAAAACCAAUCAGAAAUGUUAAAACAAAUCAGUGCGAGUCUACAACAGAGAGGUACAGCAAGUUUGGACAGACGGAAAUCUUCUGAACAUAAGUCAAAGUUGUUAAAAAAUUUCUCUCAUAGUACUGCAAAGGACUUCUCUAGUGAAAGUGAACUCCAUCAUAUGCAAGGACGGUCUAAACAGGGUACAAAGAGUAAAGGCAAUCAAUUAAAAACUGACGCCUAUCAGGAUCAUGUGAAAACCAUAUUCUCCCCGACAGCUCUCCAGUUACACAAAGUAAAACUUGUAAAGGAAACUGCAAUAGACGAUUUUGGAUUUGGUUUGUCGGAUGGAAUGUAUGAAAAGGGUGUUUACAUCAGCGGAGUUCGGGAAGGAAGCAUCGCCGACAAAGCAGGAGUGAAACAUUUUGAUAGAAUACUCCAGGUGAACGGACAUAAAACACGGGAUUUCGAUUGUUGUUUGACUAUACCUCUGAUAACCAAAGCAGGAAACAAACUGGACAUGAUUAUAUGUCGUAAUCCUAUCGCCAAGAACAGGAGUCUGACGGGGGAAGGAAAAGUGAAAGAAACCAAAACUGUCAGGGAUCACAACUAUGUGGAUGGCUCACAUUUAGUUAAGGAGACCGGCACACCUAAGAGUGUGUGACAAUUAGGGGUAUGGGGAAAAUAUGGUAUGUGAUGUCCCAGGUGCAUGUGUGUGAAGAUGAUAACAUGCCCUUAAGUGUAUGCUGUCUCAGGUGUGUGUGGGAAGGUGAUAACAUGCCCUUAAGUGUAUGGUCUCUCAGGUAUGUUUGAAGGUGAUAACAUGGUAUAUAUGGGAAGACGAUAACACACUCUUAAGUGUUUGUAGACCCCUGUUAUGUGGGAAGACAAUGACAUUACACACCAGUUAUGUGUGGGAAUGUGAUGAUACACCCAUUGGUGGGUGACAUCCUAUGUGUGUGAAAGAUGACCCCCGUAAAUUUGGGAUGUCCCAAGUGUUUGUGCAAAGAUGAUGACAUACUCAUAGGUGUUUUUAAAGGUAAUGAUAUGUAUGGAAAUAUGAUGACACACCCAGAGGUCUGUGGAGUCCUAGGUGUGUGAGGAAAAGUGAAAACAAACCAUGCCCUUAUAUGUGGGAUGUCCCAGGUUUAUGUGUGAAGAUGGGAUGGCCUUAUAAGAAUGUGAUAUCUCAGGUGUGAUUUGGAAGUUGAUGACAUGUAAGUAUGUGAUGUCCUAGGUAUGUGUGUGUUGGUAGAAUCACCUGUGAUAUUGUUUUAGAUAUUUUGGGUGUUAAUAGCAGAUCAAAUUAUAUCAUAAGAUAUAUAUGUGUGUGUAUGAACCAAACCUCCAAAGCAUGAUUAACUCAAUGUCAGGGGAUGAGAUUCCCACUCAAUGUUAGGGGACGGCUUCUCAUUCAAUGUCAGGGGAUGAGAUUCCCACUCAAUGUUAGUGGAUGAGAUUCCCACUCAAUGUUAGGGGAUGGGCUUCUCAUUCAAUGUCAGGGGAUGAGAUUCCCACUCAAUAUUAGGGGGAAGUCUUCUCAUUCAAUGUCAGGGGAUGAGAUUCCCACUCAAUGUUGGAGACAGACUUCUCAUUCAAUGUCAGGGGAUGAGAUUCCCACUCAAUGUUAGGGGACGGGCUUCUCAUUCAUUGUCAGGGGAUGAGAUUCCCACUC